CCAAAGUAUAAGAACGAUGCUCUCUGCUGGACUCAGCUCACUUUGCCUUUGGGUUUACUGAGAGAGCAAGGAUUUACUGAGAGAGCAAGAGAUUACUGAGAGGACAAGAGGUUACUUUUUGACUCGAUAAAACAGCACUAACAAGCACUUAACUAUCACCACAAUGUCUCUUAAAAACACUAAGACACAGAGCCAAACUCUACCAUCAUUCCUGGACACAACCCAUUGGUAUGGGAUCACUCCUCCUAUAAGUGAAGAUAUGCCAGAGGAAGCUGAACUGAUCCAGACCAGAAAGAUGGUUGAAGAGCUGAAAUCAUGUGGUGUAUUUGAGAUAGGGACAAAAAAGCAGGUAGGCAUUCCCAGACUAAUCUAGUUGACCGCUCACACCUGAUGCCUGUGAUCACCCCUGCAUACCCACAGCAGAACUCUACCUGCAAUGUGUCUCGCUCCUCCUUAGCUGUUAUAACAGAGGAGAUCAAGAGAGGAUAUGAAAUCACUGAAUGUAUCCGUCAGAAACGAGAAAGCUGGUCCAAACUAUUUGAAGCUUUAGACUUUUUGGAUCAGUACAAGCAUUACAUUAAGGUUGAACUCACCUCAACAACAAAAGAGCAGCAUCGAGAUGGGGUCUGCCUGUUUGAGUCUAAAAUCAGACACCUGGUAGGAACUCUGGAGAGAAUACCGCUUAUUUCCCGGGCCCAUGUUAACCUGCAGUCUUACCCUGGACCACAAGAUAGUUAUGGAAAAAGCAACACAGUUUGGCUGAUAGGACUUGUCUUCAAUAUGGAUAAUUUCAAAUACCAAAGAGUCGAUCUGGUCACUGAGCUCCAGCCCCUCAUAAAUCAUGUCAGUGGCCUGAAACAAGGUUAUAAGAUGUCCGAUGAGGGGGCGACCUUAACAGCCAAAUAUAUACUGAGGGAAAACCGCACCUGGAAGCUACCUAAUAGAAGCCAAAUGGUGUUUAAUUCAGUCAGGCUCACACAGAGCUGCCAAAUUUCUAAUACAGCACCUCUGAUACACCCGGCCUUAAAAAGAAAAGAUUUAACUCAAUCUUCUAUGCCAGCGAAAAGGAUAAGAGCUGACAAGGAAUUGCAUUCCAUGAUAAGCAGCUCAGGUGCUUCACCCUCCCUGACACAGCAGGGCACCAAGAGACCUCUCUGUUCUCAACCAGAAACAUCAUGCAAAAAGAUCAGAGCUGAUAUGGAGACAAAUCAAGACCCUAGCACUUCUCAAGGCACCAAGAGACCUCACGCUACUGAGCCUGUGACACCAAACAAAAAACCUAAGUUAACCUGACUGGGCCCGAAAAAGAGCUGGCAGACCCGCCACAAAGCCUUUCCAAGCCUGCUAUGGCUGCAAAUUUCCCCAUCAGAUUGAAACUGGUCUGUGAUAACUUCUGAUGGAGCUCCUGACCAGGAGGGGAAAUCUUCACCCUCUUAUGUCGUCUUUUUGUGAUUGCAUAAAUAAAAACCCAAAUGUUGCAAAUA